AUGGAUCCAGUAUCAAUUCUCAGUCUUACCGGCUCGGUCUUAACUACCGGAAAAGUCGCUACGAAUACUAUCACAAGUCUCGUCACACUCAAGUCGAAAUACAAAAGCGCCAGCCUUAUGACCAGUCUUCUGAUUGGACAACUGACAACUAUCAAAGCCGCGUUAAAUGAGGUGUCGAACUGGAUCGCAACGGCUCUUCAAGGAGUUGAUAAAAGCGAACAACUUAUAGUUCAUCUAGAAAGCUCUCUUGAAAGUUGUCAUGUUUUUUUUAGUGAUUUUGGAAGAUCACAUUACCCGGCUGGAUCAAAAUGGCGUCGACCGACAGUUGAAAGGAAAAGUCAAUGCUCUUCAUUAAUUGCUCACGGCGGUACAAAGGUAAAUAUUCGCAGCGCUUCUAAUACCAAGAAAAGCCUUGUAAUAGAUAUAUGUUAUCUGAACUGUGUUGACGAACAAAACAGCCGCACUUCAUUCGACCGCAAUCAGCUUCUACAGAAACCUGAAAGCCAGAAAGUCUUCAAAAAGGUCGAGGAUGAUGGCUCUUCAUUGUCAGCAUUCAGAUCUAGGAGUGGUACUUCCGCAGAGACGAGUGGCUCACAUAUUGCUUUCGACUUUGAUAAGGAAAUCGCUACUACGAAUGUGUAUCGAAAUGUUGCAACAUCACCAGAGAUGACGAGAGACGGGCCUGAAAGCAUAUCUUUGCCCCGUUCAAAAAAGAAAACGAACAUGAGCCAAAAUUCGAAGCAGAGGCGACCAAAAUUGCCAUUAAACCGUACAAGUGAAUGGUGUUUCGAACAGACCGUUCCUAGUGAUUGCGAUAGCAACUUACCAAACUCAAGACCGACUUCAAUAGAUGAAAAGAUUUCGACGAUGGAUAUAUCUAAUAAUGAAUUGCGAUCCACAACUUUUGAGUGGCAAUCGGAGAAGCAAAGGUCCUCUACAGAUAUCAUCGACAACCCUUUCCUAGAUCCAGAAGAUGGUUCCAGCUAUUUACCAAUUCAUAGUCUACACGAAAACUCUUCAGAUACAUCGAAUUUCCAUAAGAAAGAUGGCCCUUGUCCCAGGCCAUAA